AUGUCGGCAUCAACACCUAGAUCAUCAGUUUCUUCGCGUUUUGCUCAGUUUAAAUUAGUUUUAUUAGGUGAAUCCGCGGUCGGAAAGAGCUCAAUCGUUGAACGAUUUGCAAAGAAUGUUUUCGAUGAUUACAGAGAAUCCACUAUUGGUGCAGCUUUUCUCACACAAACAAUUCAAUUAGACUCCAACACAACAGUAAAAUUUGAAAUAUGGGACACUGCGGGUCAAGAACGAUAUAAGUCUCUUGCACCAAUGUACUACCGCAAUGCAAACUGUGCUGUAGUGGUUUUUGAUGUUACCCAAGCAGCUUCAUUAACCCGUGCAAAGGCCUGGGUAAAGGAACUUCAGCGCCAGGCAAAUGAAAAUAUUGUGAUUGCAUUGGCGGGAAACAAACUUGAUAUCGUUUUAGGGGAUGAGUCUAAACGUCAAGUGACUACAGAGGAAGCACAAGCAUACGCAAAAGAAGCAGGCCUUCUAUUUUUUGAGACAUCUGCAAAAACUGGCCAAAAUGUUACUGAGCUUUUUACCGCAAUUGCAAAGAAACUUCCGAUUGAAUCAGUUCUCGCUUCAAGGGGUGGCGCUUCUGGUGCUGUAGGUUCCAAUAGCGCUAAUGCACGACGAGGAAUUGAUUUGAAGGGGCCAUCUACUGGAGCCACUGGCUGCCAAUGCUAA